AUUAACUGACUGGGAGCGAAGUGCGCACGGUGGGCGAGCAAGAGGCUCAACGGCUGGUGCCCACGGCUCAGGCGCGGGAGCUGAGGGACAAGGCGGCUUUCAUCACUACACUACAGGAUGGGUGACGCAGGGGAUUUGGAACGCAAGCUGGCCGCCAUGGAGACGCAGCUGCGCGGCCUCCAGGGCGACCUGGAGGCGGCGCGCUACAGCCACAGCCAGAUGAAACAGGAGCUGGACGAGAUGGAUGGAGGCUGGGGGUGCGGGUGUGUGUGUGUUCUGUGCAAUAAGGAGAAGGCGGUGGUGGAGCGCGAGCAGGCGGCGGCGCAGGCGAACAAGAGGGUCAAGGCGGCCGAGGAGGAGGCUGCCAACCUGAUGUCCUUUGUGGAGAGUGUCACCCACAAGAACAGGCACCUGGUGACGGAGCUGGCGGAGAGCCAGAGGGCGGUGGAAGACCUGUUCGCCAGCAACGUGUGCCUGCAGGGGGCGCAGAUGGCGCUGCAGGGCCAGUUGGACAGUGCGGUGCGGCUGGCGGCCACGGAGAAGAGCGCGCUGCUGGAGGAGCACGAGGAGGCGAUCCGCAAGCUGGAGGACAAGAUGACAGCGCUGCAGAGUGCGGCGGCGCGGCGGGACAGCCUCAUCAGCGAGCUAAAGCUGGCGCAGCUGGUGGUUGGUGCGGACGAGCAGACCCGCCUGGCCGCCAGCUAGGAAGCCAAGCUGCCAGGUGAGAAGCGGGCGGCGGGCGACAAGCAGCGCGAGCUACUGGACGCCCGGGCAGACCUGCAGGAGAAACUGGCAGCGAUGCAUCGGCAGGCGGUGGGUGAGUGUAACGCGGGACAAGUGUUCCCCGGUCACGGGAAAAGGGGCUGAGCCCCUCCACAGUCUGCGCGGUAUGGGGGAGCCAGCAGCGGCGGGGGAUCUGGGGUUGGGGCCGCCGGAGGGAAUUAUGCCCACGCUCAUGUGCGACCUGGUGCAGCACCCGGAGUUCCAGCUUCUGUGCCCCAAGGUGCGGCUGGGGCUGUCGGAGCCGGGGUUGGGAGUGGGGGGAAUGGGCCGGUGGCUGACACUGCUGGGCGAGGAGGGUCCUGCAUGCAGCAGGUCACCACGUUUACAUGGGACGGCCUGCAUACAGGACACGGAACGGAACGGAAAUGAGAGACGCAAGAAUGGAAUUUUUGAGGUGCCACCGGUUAUGCUGGUGUUAUCCUAUGUCCAACAAGGCGCUGCUGGACCGGCUCGCAGCUGCGGUAGUGGCAAAACCCAGGCCUGGCGGCAGCGCUGCACUGCCGGAUGUGCUCGCGGAUCUAACGGCCCUGCACAACUGGACGCAAGCCUGGGCGUCGGACGGCAGGACCUGGCGGAUUGAUGGCAGCAGUCCCUGGCGAGUUGACCCGGCGCUCUUGGAUAUCCUGGCGACUAGGACUGCAGAGGAGAGCUGGCUGAGCCUGGGGGAGGCACUGGAGGGCCUCACAACCCUGCACACGUGGGCCGAGGCCCGUGUCGCUCGUGACCACCUUGCAAUAGGCAUCCGCAGCAUCCGGCGCUGCUGGCUCGCCUGGCUGCUGCGGUGGAGGCAAACGCCGUCAGCGGCCGCGUGCCGCUGCCGCAGGCGCUGGAAAGCUUCCAAACAUUUCACGCCUGGGCGAAGUUGCCAUGCGGAAACCCGCCCUAGCGGUGCUGGGCCAUCUGGUGGCAUCGCCGUUAUAUCGUGCAGCGCUACCGAAGCUGCUCGGGUCGCUUCAGUCCCUGCCCGGAGCCAGGCAGCCGGUUGACGCCGCCUGCUCCCAGCAGCAGGACCGGGAGCUUCGGGCUCUGGGUCCGGAGCCGCCCGGCAGCCCGCCAGAGCGCAAGGCCGAGAGGUAGGCGUGGCUUGGGGUCGCGACGGCGUCGUCAACAGUUGGGCGGCACGAGUUGUUGGGUGGCAGACGGGGCGACCGCUGCCAGCGUGAUAGGAUGCAGUGGUGAGAUAAAGUGGGUGUAGACGCGUAGUGGAGAGCUAGCGAGGAGGAUAACGCACAACACGCGGACUGGAAAGGGCUGUUUCUGCUCCUUCCAGAUGUAUGUGCUGCUCUCCGAUGGCAGUGCUCCAGCAGUCCAUCAGGCAUGUGCUAGCGGCCGUUGCCAGCCUGGCGGGCUAGAUGGCAAAGGUGCAAGCAAGCGCCAGAGUGUGCAUGAAUUGUUUCGCAUGAUGGAAUGGCAGUCCAUGUGUUGUAGGAGGGCUGAGGUUCUGGGAAUGCUUGUCGGGAUGCACGAGCAGGAUGUCAUCAAGGAUUGGAGGUAGGACCGCCGAAUGACAGGACAGGACAGAGAUGUGUGUAGUUAUAUUCCAGUGCAAACGUAUAUGAUGUUGCUCGACCCCGCGGCUGUACUGUGGUGUCACCAACAAGCGGGGCGGGAAACCGUGGCCUGGAUGCGGGGUUUGGCGCGCGUGUCGGUUCGAGCCCAUACGAG